AUGUCUGAUCAAUAUCAGAACAUCUGCUUCGACGACACGCUUUCGAUGAGUAACCACUCUAACGACACCUACGGCAUAACUAACGAACCUCAGCAACACACCGAAUCUCCCUUUUCUCCUCUUCUGGAGCAUGACCAAGCAUAUCUAAGUCCAUAUACUCCAUAUACGCCAUUUCUCCCUACCACAACACCAACUGCAACGCCUCGCAUAAGCGGUCUUCCCUUGGGAUCAGAGUUUUCACAAUUCCAGGACUUUGGCAUUUUCGGUGGCGACGACGAAACGAUUGCGACUCAACCAACAGAAAACCUAGUUUACGAACAAACCGGGGUUACGUCACCUGCUACUUCCGUAUACAACACACCGUUAUUUUCAGUCUUGAACACUCCUGCUAUACCACAAACCCCUUACUUUGACAACACUCCGCACUGGGAGCCAAGUCCGGUAUUCUCAAACGUUACUACUCCAAUUUCUGUACGCAUUGACAAUCCUUUACCACCAAGUGUACCAAGUAACUAUCCCGGAGAAAGCAUCGAUUGGUCUUCUAUAUCUGAAGAUUUCAAGCCGGAUAUAGACAAGUUUGCUGAAUUACAGUUUGCCAAACUCGAAAGUAUAACCUACGCCACCACCGAAGAUCAAACAAAUUUCGUGGUAAUGUCGAACAUAUUACCAGACCUCGAUUCAACAAAAUGCUCCGAAGUGCAAAGCACUAUCGACUCUGGUUCGGAAUCAACAAUAUCUAAUCAAGUUGGCGAUAAUAUCGGUCAGGCACAAGCAAACGCCCGCUCCACAACUCCAAGACCUAUCAGACCUCGUCCUCCGGAUGAUGAAGACUCUCAGAAUCAAUUGAAACGUCAUAAGAGUGACAUGGACGAGGACGACGAUGACUCUGCUACAGGAGAAAAGAAGCAGUUCGCCUGUCCCAAGUGCGAUAAACGAUUCAGCAGGAAGUUUAAUAUGCAGACGCACGAAGCCACGCACGAUACAAAUCGAGUCAAACCGUUUGCUUGCGAACAUCCGGGCUGUGCAUCUAGAUUCACAAGGAAGCAUGACUUAAAACGGCACGUUAACGGCAUACAUAAGGGGGAGAAGGUGCAUUUGUGUACAGCUUGCAAGAAGCCUUUUAGUAGAAAAGACGCAUGGAAGAGGCAUCAAAGCGGUUGUAGCAGGUAA